AUGGGCUGCAAUACAUCACGAGUUGGUAUAACAUCUAACGCAAUGACAGCAGAGCAAAACCAUAGUCUUGUCCGUGAGAUUUGGGGUUUUGUUUGUAACGAGCACUACGAAGAAGUAGGAAUUAGUUUUAUGAUUCGUUUGUUUCAAACGCAUCCUGAAUUGAGAAAGCUAUGGAUAUUUGCAGCUAAUCUCGACAUCGAACAUGAUAUUCGCAGUAAUGCACAAACACGUUAUCAUGCUGCGAAAAUAAUGUAUACUCUAAAUGAAAUCAUCAGUCACGUCGAAGAUUAUGGUAAACGACGAAAUAUUCUUGAGAGUCUUGGCAAAACACAUUUUACCUACGAUGUAAAACCGUCGGAUUUUCAGGCAGCCGAAUCGACUAUGGUAUAUGUAUUAGAUUCGAUUCUCGGCAAAAGAUUUACGCCACGGCACAAACAAGCAUGGUCGUAUCUCUUUCAGCAAAUUAUCGUCGAUCUUGGUAGAGGCGUAGAACAACAGGUGUUAUGCGAUGGUCAACUCAAAGCAGUCCUGCAUCCAACAAGCAGCAAUUGA